AUGGAUUUUUGGACUUCUUCUAUUCCCCUUGAUGAUGAAUUCCAAAAGCUUGUAAUUCGAAUGAAUCCACCUAAAGUAACUGUGGAUAAUACUUCAAGAAGAUCAACCACUUUGAUAAAGGUUGAUAGUGCUAAUAAGCGUGGUAGUUUGUUGGAAGUUGUUCAAGUUCUUACUGAUAUGAAUCUCAUUGUUAGAAGAGCUUAUAUUUCUUCUGAUGGAGAAUGGUUUAUGGAUGUUUUUCAUGUUACUGAUCAAAAUGGGAAAAAGUGUCUUCAAGAAGAUGUUGCUGACAGAAUUCAACAGUCACUUGGUCAAAGAGUCAAUAGUUUCCGGUCUGUGAGGAGGUCGGUUGGAGUUCAAGCUGCCGCUGAACAUACGACAAUCGAGUUAACCGGACGCGAUAGGCCAGGAGUGCUUUCAGAAGUCUUUGCUAUUCUCUCUGACCUGAAAUGCAAUGUGGUAGCGGCCGAUAUCUGGACUCACAAUUCAAGAAUGGCGUCGGUCGUUUACAUUACCGACGACGCGACAGGAUUGCCUAUAGACAAUCAUGACCGUCUUGCCAAGAUUAAGCAUCUUCUGCUUUAUGUGCUGAGAGGAGACAUCGACAAGAAGGACAAGAAGAACGCAAACACUUCUGUUUCGUUUUGUUCGAUUCAUAAAGAAAGGAGGCUGCAUCAGUUAAUGUAUGCUGAUCGUGAUUACGAUGUAUACGACGGUGAUUAUUCUUGCGCAACAAGUGACAGAAAUAAGCUCUGUGUAACUGUUGAUGAUUGCAUUGAUAAGGGAUAUACUGUCGUGAAUUUGCGGUGUCCGGAUCGACCAAAGCUUAUAUUCGAUACUGUUUUCACAAUCACUGACAUGCAGUAUGUUGUGUACCAUGGAACUGUCAUUGCUGAAGGACCAGAAGCAUAUCAGGAAUACUACAUAAGGCAUGUCGAUGGAUAUCCUAUCAGUUCCGAAUCCGAAAGGCAAAGAGUGAUUCACUGCUUGGAGGCUGCUGUUCGGAGGCGAACUUCUGAGGGCGUAAAGCUUGAACUUUGCAGUGAAGACAGAGCUGGCCUUUUGUCCGACGUAACUCGCAUCUUCCGAGAAAACGGCCUAUCAGUCUCCCGCGCGGAGGUCACAACAAGGGGUUCACAAGCGAUGAAUGUUUUCUACGUGACUGACGUGUCUGGAAAUCCAGUUAAGAGUGAAACAAUCGAAGCAGUUCGAAAGGAGAUUGGAUUGUCUAUAUUACGCGUAAAGGACGACGAGAUCUGCACGAAUUCUCCGUCACGCGAGAGUGGAAGAUUCUCCUUACGCGAACUCGUUCGAUCAAGGUCCGAGAAGUUUCUUUACAAUUUAGGUCUGAUGAAGUCUUGUUCUUGA